AUGGGCAUCAACGGGUUUCUCACCGCUCUUCUCUUAGCUAUGCUUAUAUUUGUCCACACUUCCUCGUCUGAAACCACUAUUUUCAAGCCAUACAAAGAAGAAAAUUUUCAGUCUCUUGUAGCGAAAGCGUGCCAGUUUAUCUAUGCGCAUGAGUCUUGCGUCUCUAACAUCCGGACGCACAUCAAGGAAUCGGGUCACGGGUUAAACCCUCACUCGGUUUUAAGCGCUGCGGUAAAGGAAGCGCAUGACAAAGCCAAGUUAGCAAUGGAAAGGAUCCCAACGGUUACGACGUUAUCCAUCCGUUCCCGUGAGCAAAUUGCCAUAGAGGAUUGUAAAGAGCUUGUAGGCUUCUCUGUGACGGAGCUUGCAUGGUCGAUGCUGGAGAUGAACAAACUCCACGGAGGAGGAGGAAUAGACGGUGGCUCUCACGACGCUGCUGCUGCGGGAGGCAAUCUUAAAACCUGGCUAAGUGCAGCGAUGAGUAACCAAGACACGUGUCUGGAAGGGUUUGAAGGAACAGAGAGAAAGUACGAGGAAUUGAUCAAAGGUACCUUAAGACAAGUCACUCAGCUUGUGAGCAACGUCUUAGACAUGUACACGCAGCUCAAUGCCUUGCCUUUCAAGGCAUCUAGGAACGAGAGCUUCACCGCAAGCCCUGAGUGGCUCACGGAGACCGACGAAAGUCUCAUGAUGCGUCAUGACCCCAGUGGGAAGCACUCAAACACGGUUGUGUCUUUAGAUGGAAAAGGGAAGUAUCGGACGAUUAAUGAGGCCAUCAACGAGGCUCCCAACCAUAGCACAAAACGAUAUAUUAUAUACGUGAAGAAAGGUGUGUAUAAAGAAAAUAUCGAUUUGAAGAAGAAGAAGACUAACAUCAUGCUUGUUGGUGACGGUAUCGGACAGACGAUUAUAACCGGUAACCUGAAUUUCAUGCAGGGCCUUACCACAUUCCGAACUGCAACCGUUGCUGUUUCCGGAAGAGGAUUCAUAGCAAAGGACAUAACAUUCAGAAACACAGCUGGACCACAAAACCGUCAAGCUGUCGCAUUGAGGGUUGAUUCCGACCAAUCCGCCUUCUAUCGAUGUAGCGUGGAAGGCUACCAAGACACUCUUUACGCCCAUUCCCUCCGUCAGUUCUAUAGAGAUUGUGAAAUUUAUGGUACGAUUGAUUUCAUAUUCGGAAACGGCGCUGCCGUUUUACAGAAUUGUAAAAUCUACACACGGGUCCCGUUACCGCUCCAGAAGGUAACGAUAACCGCGCAAGGGAGAAAAAGCCCUAAUCAAAAUACAGGGUUCGUGAUCCAGAAUAGCUACGUGUUGGCCACACAACCUACUUAUCUCGGCCGGCCGUGGAAACUCUAUUCAAGAACAGUUUACAUGAACACUUACAUGAGCCAGCUUGUCCAGCCCAGAGGAUGGCUUGAGUGGUUUGGUAACUUUGCUUUAGACACUUUGUGGUACGGAGAAUACAAUAAUAUUGGACCGGGUUGGCGAUCAUCAGGUCGGGUUAAAUGGCCUGGUUAUCAUAUCAUGGACAAACGGACUGCAUUGUCCUUCACCGUUGGAUCAUUCAUUGACGGUCAGAGAUGGCUUCCGGCAACAGGUGUCACGUUCACCGCUGGUCUAGCUAACUAACUCAAUUUCAGUUUUUAUAUUAUUUUAGAAUCAUAUGUUAUUAAUUUUCAUUUAUUGUUUGUCAUCGACAUAAUUCUCUGGUUUGCACAGGAAAAAAGAAUCAUGAGAUCAUGACAUAGAGUGUAUGUGUGUUUAAA